AAUCUGCCAAUAGAUACAUACAUCAGCUAGCAGCUCUUUUCUUCUUUCCGAACCCUAAUUUCCAAAACCCUUAAAUUCUUUCCUAAAAUCAAUGGCCCCAAAACAACCUGAAUCAAACCCUAAUCAUUCUUCAUCAUCUGAAGAAGAAGAUGAAGAAGAAGAAGAAGCUACCGGCUCAGAAGACUCACAAUCUGAAUCACAAGAAGCCUCCGAUUCCGAUUCCGGCGAAAAUAAACAAACCCCAGAUCAAAAAACGUUAAUUUCACAAACCCCAUCAAAACCCACCAACAAUUUGCAAAACCCAGAUCAAAAUAUGUCAGAAUCUGAAGAAGAAUCAGGUUCUGACACAGAUUCCGACGAUUCUCCGCCUAAAACAACCGCCACCGCCGCCGGAAAGGCUGUUUCGGCGAAACCCAUUUCGAUGAAGAGGCCUGCGCCGGUAACGGAGAAGUCCCCGGUGCUGGAAGUUAAGAAAGCUAAGAAAGAUGGAAGUGGGGAUGAUGAUAGUAAAAAACAGCUGUUUCAGAGGCUGUGGAGUGAAGAAGAUGAGAUUGUGAUAUUGAAAGGUAUGAUUGAUUAUAACAAAGAGAAUGGUGAGAGUCCUGUUAAUGAUAUUGGUGCAUUUCAUGAUUUAAUUAAGAAAUCGUUAUCUGUAGAUGUUAAACAAACACAAUUGUCUGAUAAAAUUAGGAGGUUGAAAAAGAAGUUUGUUAAUAAUGUUGGUAAGGAAAAAGAUGGUAAAGAUAGAAGCUUUUCCAAGAGUCAUGACCAGAAAUGUUAUGAUUUGUCGAAAUUGAUUUGGGGCGGUGGGAUGGAGAGUAAAAAGAAGGCUGUGUCGAAAAAUGGUGGUAGUGUUGUUAAGGUUAAUGUUGCUAGUGGGAGUGGUAGUGUUGCGAAGUUGAAUGGUGGUGUUGAUAGGAAGGGACAUGGGGUUGUGAAGGUGGAGGAGGGUAUGGAUGUGAAUCGGUUUGUUAGGUAUGGGGGUAACGAGGGGCCGGUUUUGGUAGAGGAGAUUGUGAAGGGUGGAAUGGAGUUAGUUGGAGGGUCGAAACGGAAGGAGUUGGAGGAGAAAUGGAAGGCGUUGAAAAGGCAGGAACUUGUGCUUUGUGUGAAACGGAUGGAUUUGUUUAAAGAACAGGCGUUGGUAGUUAUUGACGCUGUUAAUUCGUCCGAUAAUUGAGGUAAUCUAAAGUUUUCUGUUGAUGGAAGGUGAUGCCCUCAAGUUGGAGCAUAUCAAAUGUGGUAUUCAAUAAGAACUCGUAGUUAUCUUAGAAAUAUGUGUUUGCUAGUAAUUUUUUAUACUUUUUUUUACUUGAAAUUGUGAACUUGAUAUUAGUUUUUUGAUUUUUGAGAAAAUAACUUGUUUCAUGAUUUUGUCAAUGGUUAAGCUUGUAUAUUUCAUUCCGUAGCUGGAUGAGUUUUGUGUUUUA